AUGCCCGCCAGCGACCACGCCCCGCCGCGAGCUCUCGCGGGCUACAUAUUCGGCUGCACUGAGCAGACAAUGACGGAGUGCCUGACCCGCAAUCUCUUCGGCAGCUCCACCAAGUGCAGCGAGGAGGUGGCGACCAUCAUGCCCGGCACGCCGCUGUUCCUGUUUAACUUCGGGAGACGGGAGUUACACGGAGGGUUCGAGGCGGCGUCCUGCGGCGGAUUGGACCUGGUGCCGGCGGCAUUCGGCGGGCGGUUUCCGUCGCAGGUGAAGGUUCGGCGUGCGGAAAGGAUUCGCACUGUGUUGGUAGAGGACGAAUUCAGGGAGGCGAUAUGGGAGAACUACUACGAUGGCCACAAGUUCCAUUUCAAGCUCAGCCAGGAUCAAGUUGCGGCCCUCAAGGCACUGUUCUUGCAGCACAGGCAGCCUGGUGUGGGGAAGCGCUUUCAAACGAGUUUGGCCAACAGCAUUGGAAAGAGACCCAGAUUGGAGGCUGGGGUGUUCAUGUGCCGCAAGGACAAGGCAUCCCGGUCGACUGUAUCCAGGGCAAACACAAUACUCCCAUUGGACAGAGGGGUUACAUGUUUUGAACCAAAUCAAGCUGCAGAUCCAGGAGGAAUGCUGUGUCUUCCAGAAGGCUGCGAUGAUGAUCCUCAGGCGGGGCUGGUGGGGCCGAUGGCCAUCUCAAACAGUGAGUUCAUACAUACACCAGUGAACCUGGAGGUAUGCUCUGAGGAGCGCACGACUGUUGUCCUUGGCCCACUGCCAACAGACUGCAACACACAGCAGCUUGUGCAGAUUCUGGACUCCCUCGGCCUUGAGGGUCAGUACAACUUCUUCCUCGUACGUGGGAUUAUCGAAGAUGACGGCCACUACUGUUUCCUGAACUUUCGCGAUGCGGGGGGCGUUCGUGGCCUGGCCAGCAGGUGCCAGGGCGAGAGCUGGAUCGCCAUAUCUGGCCAGAGGUUUGCUGACAACCCCAAGGCGGGCGUGUGGUACUGGUCGCUCCAGGGGCCGGAAGACCUUGUGCUUAGUUUCCAUGCAGAGGCGCAGUGGGAGCUGGAGGGCGUUGCUCCCAAAGACAGCAGCUGGCUGGGAGACAACAUUCCACAAUUUUUCGAUGGGUUCGGAGCGACGAUCAGGGCAAGAAUGUGCAGUCCUCAUGGUGCAGGUGGAAAAGAUAGGGUACCGAUGGAAAAGAUGGGCUUGGUUGUUGGGACAGAAACAGUUAAGCCGUUUGAGUGGCAGACUGUGGCCUGUGCAGGCGUCAAGACGGAGGACGGUGCGGAAAGCGACGAGAGGAUAAGAAAGAAUGCAUUCUUGUAUUUUAAGAUGGACCUGGAGAAGUUGUCAAAGAAGGUUGAGAAUCAGAAGCGGGAUGUUGUGCGCUCUGUGAAGUUGAAGUACAAGCCGCAGCAGGGGCUGAAGGCUGUGGACCCCAAAUUUCAUUUGUACGAAAGUAUCUUCAAGGAAAUGAGCAUUGAGAUUGACAACAUGAUGGACAGCAUGGGUGUCCAUCAUCCCAGGUUGCAGUGA